AUGGACGACGAAUUCCCUACGCCACCGCGGCGCCUAAAUCCCAAGAGAUUGCAUCGCAAGGCCGACUCAUCUCCCGAAGUGCUGGAUCAGCAGCAGCGUCUCAAACGCGACCUCACGCGCGAGCUCAUCGACUUCGACCUGAUCAAAGGGUCGGCGCUUUUCCACACAAAACCUUCAAGCCACGACCGCAAACUUGUGCAGGAAGGAUUCACCCGUGCACUGUUAUUACCGUUCCAUGCGAAGUUUUGGAGACAGAAGCCGUGGAUUUACGAGACAGCGGCGGCUCUAUACGUAUUACACGGCGUGGCUGUGUGCGUCUACGUCUUCUACAACAAGAGCGCGUCGCCGCAUAACACGUUCGAGGUGUUCUUCCCUAUCUUCUUGUUGUUUCUAGUGGCGAUUGGCUACGGUCGCGUGUCGAGCGCAUUGCAAGCGCCAGAUACCGACGCAGCGGUCAAGAUCCUAUCCCCCAUUAUCAAGCAGGCAGAGAACGUGUGCAGCUCCGAGUCAGACACGUCACUUGCAGCUUCGGGACUGGGGUCAGGACUCGCAGAAUCCGAAAACUCGGAUGGCACAGAUAGCGACGAAGACAGUGGCAACUCGUCCUCGUCCAGCGACGAGUCGAAUACUAACGACAACAUGUUCCCACACAAAAGUAGCUCUGCUCCGACCUCACCGAAACGCGUAAUGCGAGCUGCUUUAAGCAAACCGCCCAUGUCAUUGCCACCACGCGUGCCGCUGAUAAAUGGAGGCUUGGACAGUGUUGUCGAUCAGUUCGCUCGAAGACGCGUGACUGUAUGUGUAUGGGAAGAUGGCUUUCCAGUGAAACGAGCCAUGUCCAUUUCUGAGCUGCGGAAUACAAUCCUUGCUAAGGUGAAAGCAACGCCCACGCGGAUGUUCUAUCGCAAAGUUGCGGAAGUAUCUGCGGUAAUACUCGCGCUAGUGCCGAUUGCAUUGCGCUGCGCACUUAAAUGCCAGGAGUUCGACUGUGUAGCAGUGACGCAGGACCCACUUGAAGUACUCUCAUGGAUAUCCCACUUGUCCAAGGAGCUCUCUGCGUACCGAAUGUACACGCACGCGCAAGAGCUCGCGUCUGGUGCAUCACUCAUUUCAAUUUCCUGCAUGCUGUCGACGUACUACUUGGCCUCGAUCAUUUUUGCUGCGCUCGCAGACGCCGAAGUCACAUACCACCGCCGAUUCCUAUAUGCCAAGUGCUUCACUGCGCUGACGUCGUCACGGCGCUCGCGUUUGGCAAAGCUUCCCCACUUCCGUCUGAAGAACGUAGUGAACAUCAAGGCGUGGAUCUCAUUACGUGGCGGACGUACAUGGCUCAAGCGUCAAGGUCGCCAACGUGCAGCAGACGAAAUCGUGUCUACGUCGUUCCUUAUCAUCCUCGUGCUGCUCGUCGUCAUGGGCAUGCAAGCCGUCUCGGACGGGUCUGGUUCGCUCUCGCCUGAGAGCAUCGUCCACAUUGAAGUGGCUAUUUGGUGCAUGCUUUCCUCUGUGUUCAUGUUGCGUUUCAUGAUGCUGGGCUCCAACAUCAACAAGAAGUACCAGAACACAUCGCUGCUGCUGACUGAACAGAUGAACGUUUAUCUUCGUCUGCUGGCCAAGCCUCACAAAAAGGAGAAGCUUCUGGUCUCCAACAACGUGUUGAAGCUCGCGUGCAAGCUGCUAAAGGAGCUGAACUCGCCCAAUAAGGUGUCUGGCUUGACCAUGAAUCCGCUGCUGUACAACAUUACGCGCGUGGUGGUCUUAUCGGCCUUCUCGUCUACCGCGUCCGACUUUUUCGGCUUCAAGCUGAAACUCUGGAAGCUCAAGGCCUAG